CUUCACUUCCAUCAACCGCGACAUCAGACGGCAGCUUGUACACUGCUUGUGUUUGUGCAGCUGCGAUUUCUUGGUUACCCGGCAUCUGUUGGUCCGUUGGUACUGAGCUCUAGCUGUGGACUGUCGUAAGGCCAAUCGCCUGCCAGCUGCGCAAUGUCGACAAUUGCAUCUGCACUGCCGCACGUCAACGGCACAGGGGUGGUAUCCGCAGAGGCCCGUCGCGAGGUCGACUUUUUGCAGCAGAUCCUGCAGAUACGCGACGAUGUGUUUGCUAGCAAACACCCGCGUAUCCAUCUCCCACCCAAAGUAAUUGAACAGGUUGCACCACGUCCGCCGCAGACUACACCGCCGAGCAGGCCCUCGAUCAACGGCAUUGCAAAUGGCACCAACGCCUCGCAGUUGUUCUCGCCGCGCCCGGACAGCUCAUUACAGCAAACCACACAAGCACCCGAGUUUGUUUCCCCAGCCCAGCCCAUACAGCGACCCUACUCUGCCAAGUCCGCGUCUUCUGGCAUCGAUCCGGUGUUGCUCACCAAGUCUGACCACUUGAUCAGGGCAGAGUUGCAGCUCAAGCGACAACAAAUAGAACGGAUCUUGAAAGACCAAUUCGACAAGAAGGGUCGCGGCAAUGACAACGAGGAGCGCGAAGCCCACUUCAAUGUGGAGGAAUGCUUGACGCAAGCUCAUCUUCGCGUGCCGCCUGUAUCUGGCUUGCAGUCUACGACUAACAACAGUGAUGGCGCUGAGUCAUUUGACGAGAACUCGUACUACUCUAGCAAGGCAGACAGUUGGUCUUCGGAAGAUGUUGAUGUCAACCAAACCUCUAAUGCUGAUGCUACAGGGUCACAUGUCUCUCAGGGGAAACAGCCGAUCAAGGAUGCUCAUGUUGAGCCUGCUGUGAUCGACCUUGACGAGGAAACGUACGAACCUGCCGAUGAUAUUGAAAUCUAUGAGCCAGAGCAGGUUGAUCUUGGGGAUGAUGCAGACGAAGAGGAUUACUCGCCGCCUCCGGCUGAUGUUGGCCCCAGUGAGCCUAAGAGAGGCCGCGCACGAGAUCGUGGCUUUGGCAACGGUGGCGCAAACGGGUAUGAUUCUUUCCCUUCCAUCUUCUUUCCUAUUCAACUAUCUCGAUUGUUGGGUCACGCAUAUCUCUGUUCGAAGCUCGAAGUCUGAACUAGUUGACACCCAUCAUUCCACCCUUGACUGGUUUGAUAUGGCGUGUGAGCAAUCCUAGCGUCACACAUUUCCAUCAGCGAAGCCAAUUGUCAGACUUUCGAAGAACUGCCUUACCUCCUCAGUCGGGUGGACUCAGCUUCGCAAGUACACUAUGGCCAGAC